CGUUUCAUACCCACUCAUCGAAAGGGCUGGGAAAGCAUCGCUAAACUUACAACAAGGCGCUCCUCAUGAGCGCGAAACGGUGCCUUCGAAAUCCUCAUUGUACGCAUAGCCGCCGACUAAACGGCUUCCCGACGAUUACAAUCAUGUCUGAAUCUGAAGAUGAUUUGAAACCGUUCGAAUAUGAGCUUCCUCAGACGCCAUUGAACGUCAUCAACAGUUGGGUUGUUCGACUGCAAGCUGUAGCCAUUGUCACUGCUUUACUGGCUCAAAUCGAAGUGUCUCUCAUUGGAAUGCUCGAGGAUGUGGGCAACAGCCCGCCCGCGUCCGAUACCGCCGUUCGAAUCUUCGGCUACUCUGGACUCAUCUUAAACCUCGGCGCUACCUUGUCGGCCGUUUUGCUGCUUCUUGCUGUCACUUCAGUGCCCACCGCAGCUCGCAGACUGUAUAUGACUUGUCGUCACGGCUACCCCCGCAAGGUCUUCCUUCAUACGAAGAACAACAGCGUCAUCGAAGUAGAACCGAAGACAGAUACUACUACACCUUCUGCUAGCAAUCUCCAAUUUCCGAGGUCUUUACCUCCCCAAGUGGUUCCAGACACGCUGGCAGACAUGCAAUCCCUCAAUCGCUUCCUUCUACGAGGGGAUACUGAGGGAAACAUCCUAUAUGCGUUUGGUGUGGCGCGAGGAUGGGGAUUCCUUUUGCGACAUUGCAUCUUCUGUUUCAUUGGGGGAUGCGUAUGCACGUUCGUUCAUGUCUGCAUUGCACUUUGGUCGUUGGAUUCAUUCCGCCCUUGGCUGUGUUCUUCUUCGGUAUGGAUAGUCCGUCUUGUAAGCAAUGUAGGGAAGAGAGGAAGUCAAGCCAUUUGCGGCUAGAUGAUGUAUAUGUGUCGAGAUAAUAUCUGGCUGAGGAAUUGCUAUGAGCAGAUAACACGUAUGCAGGACUAUAUGUAUGAACAUGGAAUGCAGGUGUUGCACCCGUGACGGUUAUGAAAGGAAAGUGUGGGAUUGAUCGACGUUGAUCGGGCACAUCUCGUACCGAUAUCAUCAUGCUCGUCAAAGUUAUGGCUCUUUACCUUUUGCAUCUUUUGUGUCUCUUUUUUUUUCAGUAUCCUAAGUCUAUCAACCGCAUAUAGUCCGCCUUGUCAUGUUGAGACGUGAUCAAGUGCUUACCGCUCGUGUAAUAAGGUUCCCGCCCGUCA